AUGCAAGCCAUCGUUCAUGUCCCGGAGGUAUGGGCCCUCGUCGCAUCGUUCCAGCCUGGGCUAUACCCAGACAUUGCGCGGCUCUGCCAGCGCAUCCAUCUCCAUGAGUACCACGACUUCCAGCACUGCAAAUGGUUUGUAGCUGGCUCAAGGCUCGUGCCACACCCAGCGCUCAGGUACGUCCGGCGGUUUGAGAGCUCUGGGUUUGGGCCGUUCUAUUGGGAGCGCGGUGUCCAUGGCGUCCUGAGGCUAUUGGCAUGCAAACCGGGCUUUCUCGCCAUUGUGACAGCUCACGCGGCGUACUUUAAUCACAUCGACGUCCUCGAACAAGUUUGCCCAUCCAAGUGGAGCCACCACUCGGACGCAUACGUGGACCGGGUCCGCCGCAUCAAGAAGCUUGCGUGGAGCAAUUCAUUCCGCAACAUUUGUUUGGCAGACACGAUCGAACCACUGGAUCUAGCGGCGAUUCAAGGUCAUUUGGCGGCCGUUGCACUGCUGUAUCGAAAUGGUUACCCGUAUUCCCACCACGCCCUCGACGGCGCAGCUGAAAUGGGGCAUUUGAACAUUGUGAAAUUUCUCGUCGAACAAGUCGGCAUGCCUUGCACGACCAAGACGCUGUCGAGGGCCGCCAACAAGAAUCAUAGCCACAUUGUGCAAUAUCUCAUGCUUCACAACAUCCAGCCCCUUCCUUACGAUUUCAAUUGUGGAUGUGGAAACUACGGCGAAGUCGCAACAGAUCCGUUCGCGUCGGGCAGCGACCGCUGCUGCGUUUGUACGAUAAUGUGACGCUAUGAAAUGAAUCUAGUGGUUUGUACGAAGA